AUGGCCCUGCGCUCCGGCCCCGCGGCGCUGCUGCUGGGCUUCGGCCUCCUCGGGCUGCGCGCCGGAGUCUCAGGUACUGACACGGAGGAGCGGCUGGUAGAGCAUCUCCUGGAUCCUUCCCGGUACAACAAGCUCAUUCGUCCAGCCACCAAUGGCUCAGAGCUGGUGACAGUACAGCUCAUGGUGUCCCUGGCCCAGCUCAUUAGUGUGCACGAGCGGGAGCAGAUCAUGACCACCAAUGUCUGGCUGACCCAGGAAUGGGAGGACUAUCGGCUCACCUGGAAGCCCGAGGAGUUUGACAACAUGAAGAAAGUUCGGCUCCCUUCCAAACACAUCUGGCUCCCAGAUGUGGUUCUGUACAACAAUGCUGACGGCAUGUACGAGGUGUCCUUCUAUUCCAACGCCGUGGUCUCCUACGACGGCAGCAUCUUCUGGCUGCCGCCCGCCAUCUACAAGAGCGCGUGCAAGAUCGAAGUGAAGCACUUCCCGUUCGACCAGCAGAACUGCACCAUGAAGUUCCGCUCGUGGACCUACGACCGCACGGAGAUCGACCUGGUGCUCAAGAGUGACGUGGCCAGCCUGGACGACUUCACCCCCAGCGGCGAGUGGGACAUCGUGGCGCUGCCCGGCCGGCGCAACGAGAACCCGGACGACUCCACGUACGUGGACAUCACGUACGACUUCAUCAUCCGCCGCAAGCCGCUCUUCUACACCAUCAACCUCAUCAUCCCCUGCGUGCUCAUCACCUCGCUGGCCAUCCUCGUCUUCUACCUGCCGUCCGACUGCGGCGAGAAGAUGACCCUCUGCAUCUCCGUGCUACUGGCGCUCACCGUCUUUCUGCUGCUCAUCUCCAAGAUCGUGCCGCCCACCUCCCUGGACGUGCCGCUCGUCGGCAAGUACCUCAUGUUCACCAUGGUGCUCGUCACCUUCUCCAUCGUCACCAGCGUGUGCGUGCUCAACGUGCACCACCGCUCGCCCAGCACGCACACCAUGGCGCCCUGGGUCAAGGUCGUCUUCCUGGAGUGGCUGCCCGCGCUGCUCUUCAUGCAGCAGCCGCGGCCCCGCUGCGCUCGCCAGGGCCUGCGCCUGCGGCGGCGGCAGCGCGAGCGCGAGGCGGGCGCCCUCCUCUUCCGGGAAGCCCGCGGGGAGGCGCGCUCGGGGCCGGCGCGAGGCGGAGCGGGGGCGGGCGGCUGCGGCCUCCGCGCGGCGGUGGACGGCGUGCGCUUCAUCGCGGACCACGUGCGCAGCGAGGACGACGACCAGAGCGUGAGUGAGGACUGGAAGUACGUUGCCAUGGUGAUCGACCGCCUGUUCCUCUGGAUCUUUGUCUUCGUUUGUGUUUUCGGCACCAUUGGCAUGUUCCUGCAGCCUCUCUUCCAGAACUACUCCACUGCUCCCUUUCUGCACGCAGACCACUCAGCACCCAGCUCCAAGUGAGGCCCUCCCGGCUCCGCGCCGCUCCACCCCUUGCCCUCUGUACACAGUCAUUUUGGGGGGAGGAGGGACAAGUGAGCUACGGGGCGGGGGGGGGGGGGGGGGGAGGCGCUGCCACAGACCCAGCCUCUCCUCUCCGCCCCCCCCAGCCCCUCCCAGUCCCGCUGGUGAAUGACAGCGCGCCCUGGAGGCUGGAGGCUGGACCCGCUGCCGUCCUGUCUUCUCACCGCAGCCGGGCGGGAGUGCUGCUGGUCGGGCAUGAAGGCUGAGAGAUAGGGCAUGGAGAUUGGGCCUUCCCCUCUGAGGGAAGUGUGAUGGGGAAGGGGCCAGGUCGGGGCAGAGUCCCAGGGCCCCUGCCUAGGUACCCGGCUUCUGGGCUGGCAGGUCUGCCCAGGGGCUUACCUGGCGCUGUGGUCAGACCCCUGGGGGCCCUCCAGCCCAGCCCCGCAGCCCCUUGCUUCUAGGGGCUCCAGGGCCCAGCCCCAGGUCCCUGCACCCCUGGACUUCCCCCCACUUUCCUUCUUGCUCGGGCCGGGUGGGGCGGGCCAGGCUGGGCAUCGAACCCCUGCGUUGGGAGCCUUCCUUGGCUGCUUGGAACCACGUCCUCCAACUGUGCACAAAAUGCAAGCUCUUCAGCGGUCUCCCCACUUGAACUGACCGGUGUUUGGAGUCAGGAAAGUGAAGCUGUUAGCUCUGAGCAGACCCAGCCUUUCUGCACGCAGCAGAGGGGGCUGGGCAGGAGAGAGUCAGCACUGGCCUGGCCGCACCCCACAAGCAGACCUGAGCGGGGCGGAGGCAGAACCUCAUUGCCGUCAUCAGCUCCUCAGAAAGCACGGCCUUUGCCUCUGUCCUGUGGGCCUUGUGGAGGCUGUAUCCUGACCCUGCUCCCAGGGACCAGCUGGGGGCCACCUGGCCUCUUAGCCCAGGAAACAGACCUCUGAUGGACCUCCUGCCCCAACCCCUGCCAUGUGACUGGCUCUGAUUUGUGGUCCUGGCCUGUCCUCAGUGCCAAUGGGGGCCGGUCACAGACCGGUCAGGCUGCCCAGCGCGGCCGAAAGGCCGGCUGACACAGACCAUGCCGUCCUCGGGGGCCCAGCUGGACCCCUGCUUCUGCAGUGCUCACGGGUUGGGGGAGACGCACCGCGUUGGCCACGGGACCAGACGGUCUCAGUCUGGAUUCCGGUCCUGGCUCAUACCUGCUCGCUCAGCCACAGGGAGCAAGUCCCUUUGCCUUUCUGGGCCUCAGUGACCUCAUCUCUCGAAUGGGGACGGUAGCGAGGAGGAAGCAGCCCAGUCUGUACUUGGCGAAGACUUGGUGUGUGUGCAGGCCAGGAGCUGGGCAGAGCUGGGGGCGGUGGGCUCACCUGACUGUCCUGACAGCCUUCCUCGCACACCCCUCCUCUCCCUCUCUCUUCCUUGAGCAAACAGAGUCCCCUGAAGCAGGGUGGGAGUCUGGGGAGCCGGGGACUGGAGGAGUGCAGUCGAGGGGAACUUUCCAGGGGCCGCUCGGUGGGUCUGAUGGCUGUUGCUCUCUGGAGUGCCCUCAGCAAAGCAUCGUUCCGUUCCUGGGCUGAGCUCCUUCCGACGCAGGUGUGUGCUCAGGGCCUCUGGGUGGACCUCGUCCUGUCCUGGCUGUGGACACCCAGGUGGCCACUGGGCAAGAUGUGCCUUGGCGUGUUUCCCGGCCUGCCGGAGCGGGCCCGUGACCUCCCUUCUGAGUGGGUGGCUUGGCCCUGCGGAGACGCCCUGUCCUAGAGCAGCAAAUUAAGAGUUGCCUGUAUCAUGCCUGGACCUGCUGCGGAUCCCUAGCCCUGGGGAAGCCUCCAGGAGCCCGAAGAGCAACUGGAAAGGAGCCCUCCCUCUGCAGGGUGGGGUGCCAGCCCGCGGCCCUCGCUUCUGGCUCUCCCGGGCUCCUCACUGUGGCCUGGGCCACAUGGCUGGGCCUGCCCUUGCUUGGAGUACUCCUUCCAAGGGGCUGUUGUCCAAGUAAGUCACCAAAAAUGCUAGAGGGCUUUUAGGCCUGGAGAUUGCUGCCUGAAUGGGGACAGGCAUCGUCCCUUCUUUUACCUUGGUGUUGUCAGGGGAGCUCCCUGCCCCUUCCAUGGGGGGCGUCUCUGGAGAGCGUCAGGUGCCCCGUUCAGUGCCCCCAGUCUGGAGAGGGCGGUGCAGACACUGGGCCGACGCCUGAGCAAGGUGGGCUUGGGAGGGGCUGCUGAGGAAGCAGGCGGGAUUGUCUCCAUCUGCAGGGCACCCUGCCCGACGAGCGGGCCUGCCCACUCUGCUUUUGACGGUUGGCGCUGCAGGAGGAAAGCCCUUCUUGGUGGCGCGGCGUCUGAUACUGCAACAGCUGGACUGAGUCACCAAAAACUUGAAAGCAAACAAGACAAGGCAGCCUCCCAGCUGGCCUUCCCUGCAGAGGAAGGCUGUGCGUGCAGGAAGGGUGAGGGGCGGGGAGUGCUCUGGGCAGGAUCUGGGGGCACGACUCCUACUCCUCCCAGCCCCAGGCCUUUGUUCUGCAGGGAAGGGGCCAUCCACUCGCUUGACUCAGCUGAGCCGUCGCACGGCUGGGCCUCGAGGCGGCCUCGGGGAAAGCAAGGGGCCUCUCUGAUUCGCUCCCUGGCCAGAGUGCACUCGGCGCCAGCUCUCAGCCUCUUCGUCCGGUCCCUCAGCCCAGCAGGUGCCGGCUGUCAGCCAUCCAGGCCGGAGUGAGAAUUGGCAGCGUGUUUCCAUGUUUGUCCCAACAGGCCCGUGGGCCCAGCCUGAGUGUCACAUGGCUCCUGAGGGACUGUAGGUCUAGGAGUUGUAGCUAAGAUGCCUCACCCACCCACCCUCAGAGCACCGCCCCCCCCUCGGCCUUGGCCUCCCUUGUCUGUGCUUCUGGAAUAUUUGCACUGGUCUAGCCCGCUCCAGGCCAGACUCCUUAGGAACUCAAGAUUCUUGUAAAGAAAGUUGUUUCCAAACAUGUCUUGUCUCUGUGCUCUAUUUGGGGGCCAGGGUCGGCAAAUUUGGGAAACUGGGGGUGAUGCUGGAGAAAUUGGACCCAUGAGCCAUGAAAGACAGUACAAGACUCUGAAGGUGAGCACUAACUUUAAUUUCUGUAAUCGAUGCCUGACAAGGGCACUCGUCAGAUGGAAAAGAAAUGGAUAGCUCCUGGGGGGCGCUCGUAGAGAAGGGCCCUGGAGGCAGGGUCGGCGGGAGUCUCUGCACAGCUGGCGUGCGCGGGGAGGUCAAGGCUGUGGUCUGUGCGAAGGCCACACCUGUCCCCAGAACCCUGGUUUGCUUCGGGCCCAAACCUGGCAGGUGCUCCGUUGUGGCCCCUGAACGGGACCAGACAUAAGGAGCUGACGAACACUCCAUGCUCCCAAGGGCAGCCCUGCGACCCAGCCCCUCGGAGUGGGCGGUGCGGACGGGCUCGUUCCCUCCGCACAUGGGUCUGGCGCUCAUUCGGUGUGAAGGAAGGAAACUGUCUGCGUCCUUAAGACUUGGA